CUCUACCUCUACUUAUAAGGCAUGGUAAAACAUGACUUUCAUAUAGCGCCAUCUUAAGCCGCUAUCACAAAUAACCUUCAAAUUUAAAUGUCAUUUUUGAGGUUAGAUUUAAGGGAAUUCAAAUUUCGAAAUAGUAGUUAGAUAAAUAAUUACGACAGUCGCAAUUAAUAUAACGAUGUGAUUUUAUUAAUUAACAUACACAGUUUGAUAUACGACUUUAUGUGAAAUAUUAAUUUUCAUAAAUUAAAAUCCUCAUAAAACAUGUUUGCAAGAAUGAAAUAAGUACAACAAGUGACUUUAAUUGUACCUCUAUGCUUUGGAAAAAUUCUUUUUGGUUAAUCUUUUUAUAUUAACAAUGAAUCCCGAGAUUGAUACACGAAAAAUUCAAUAUGCAUUGUUAGAUGAUGUUCUUUCAAAAGGGAUCGAAAAGAAUGAAGAACAGUGCAAAAUAUGGAGAGCUUAUAAAACUGGUCAUGAAAAGGUUGCUGAAGCGCUCCAGACUUUUCAGAAAGAUUUAUAUGUAAACUGUAUGGUACCAAUUGGAAAAAGGGCACUAAUGAAGGGAAGAUUAAUUCAUACUAAUGAAGUUCUUGCUUUUCUGGGUGAUGGAUAUUUUGCAAAGUAUAGUGCUGCAGGAGCAAUAGCUCUUUGUCAAAGAAGAAUACAAAAUGCAGAAGAAAUGUUAAAGAAACUAAGCACAGAAAGAGAUUUAUAUGAAACUAGGAUGAUGGUUACAGAAAAUGAUUUCUUUGAAGAUUGUGCUGGCACAGAAAUCGUAGAGCAUUGGAAUGAAGAACAGAUUGAUGAAUGGAGAAAGAAGCAUAGGGAAAGAGAGAAAGAGUAUCACCAGAAAUUAACCAAACUUAGGCAAGACAAUAUAAAGAAGAUUGAAACAGAAGAAGACCUCUUUAAUAGACUAGAUCAACUUGAAAUUGAAGAAGAAUUAGCUGAUGAACUUAAUAGAUUGGAAGAUGAAGUGCAUGAACUUUUUGGUGAGGAACUAAAAGAAGGGGAAUGUUAUUAUGAAUCAGAAAGUUCUUCUGAAAGUGAAGAAAAUGAUUCUAAAAAGGAAGAUGAAGAUAUUGUAGAUUCUGAGAAAAAACAGCCAGAGGAAAAUGUAAAAAGUAAUAGAAUAACAAAAUCAGUUUCAUUUGCAGUAUCAGAAGAUAAUCAAAAGAAAGAAAAAGAUGAAAACUUAAAAAAAUCAGAAGAAACAAAUAAUGAAGAUGUAGAAGAAGGUUCAGUGGAAGAUAUUCUUCGAAUAGAAUUUAGUCAUUCUUCAAAUAAUCCGACUAUAAAAUCGGAUGGAGAAUCGAUACAGUCACCAGCAGAUAUAUAUAAGAUGCUUUCAAAACCUAAAUCUAUUUUAAAAAGAUCACCAAACGAUAUCCCUGUACAGGCUCCUCCUCCCGAUUAUAGUACAGAAGAGGAGGAAGAAGAAGAAUCUAAUAAACCUUCAGCGUAUGAAUCAGUGGUAAAAGAUAUUCAAGAAAGGAACACAACAGCGCCUGUAAACGAUGUUUCGAAAACACAGGAGCAUGCUCGGCCGAUUAGUAAAUUCAAAAGAGAUCGUCAAAAAAAAUAAUAGUAAAUAGUUAGAAAUAAAUAAACAUUUUGAUGCCAUUUUUGUAAACAAAUAAAAAUUGUAUAAUAAAAAAUUUAUUGAUCAUUUUUUGUAAAGAGGAAAUAGAUAUAUCACACCAUGUGAAGAAAUAAAGUAUUUCAGUUA